AUGCGAGGGCUGGACAAUUACGAACGCGCCCUGUGGAACUGGGUGAACGUGUACAACCUGGACGCGUUCUUGCAGGAGGUGUACUACUACUAUCAGGGGAAGGGAAUAUGGUGCAUCGCACUCUCGCGUGGGCUGAACCUUCUUACAGUGGGGUUUGUGAUUGGGUUCUCGACGUUUCUUCUUGGGUGUGUAGAUUACUCUCGUAUAAGACACGAGGGUAUUACUCGACUCUCGGAGGUUGUCGUCGACCGUUGCGUGUCUAGAUUUUCCGGCUUUACGUUUCUCUUCGUUAUGCUAUUUACUGCCUUCUAUGUGUGGCGGAUAGCUAUGUUUAUUCUGAACAUAUUUCACCUGAUGGAUAUGUACCGGUUCUAUACCUACCUUCUGCGAAUACCGGACGAGGACAUCCAAACUAUCUCAUGGCCCGAGGUCGUCCGUCGUAUCACUGCUAUAAGAGAAGAGAAUCCCGUCACGGCGCUCUCGUCUAAAACGACAGCGACCACCGCGAAGUUGGAUGCGCACGACAUUGCGAACCGCAUCAUGCGGCAAGAGAAUUACCUCAUAGCGCUUUUCAACAAGGAGCUUCUCGAUCUUCGUGUUCCCCUUCCACGGGUCUUGAGGCGUUUUAUCACGCCCGAAGAAGGGAAGGGCAGAAUCCUUACGCGUGCUCUGGAGUGGAAUCUGAGGUUCUGCUUGAUGGAAUAUCUCUUUGAUCCGAGCGGCAAAGUGCGCAAGGUGUUCACGAAGUCAAAGAAUCGCGCCGUGCUGAUUGAGGGAUUACGCCGGCGACUAGUUUUCAUGGGCAUCCUAAACGCAAUCUUCAUGCCGUUCAUCGUACUGUAUCUUGUGAUGUAUUCAUUCUUCCGCUACUUCGAGGAAUAUCACAAGAAUCCAUCUUCUAUCGGGAGUCGUCGCUAUACACCGUUUGCUGAGUGGAAAUUUAGAGAGUUCAAUGAGCUCCCACAUUUCUUCAAAACACGCCUCGACGAGUCCUACCCCACCGCCAAUGUGUACAUAGCGCAAUUCCCAAACGAGAAGAUGACGAUAGUCAUGAGAUUCGUUGCGUUUAUCGCCGGUUCCUUCGCUGCUGUGCUCCUUCUCGCCUCCGUCCUGGACCCAGAUUUGUUCCUCCACUUCGAGGUUACUCCCCAUCGCACCGUGUUGUUCUAUCUCGGUGUAUUCGGCUCAGUACUCGCAGCUGCUCGAGGCAUGAUCCCAGAGGAACAUCGAGUAUUUGAUACCGAGAUGCUGAUGACGGAGGUAAUACACCACACGCACUACAUGCCCGACCAUUGGAAAGAUCAGUUGCAUUCGAAAAAGGUUCAUACCGAAUUCGGAGAGUUAUUCGGCAUGAAAGUCAUGACAUAUGUUCACGAACUAAUAUCUGUCAUCGUCACGCCGUUCAUACUGUGGUUUUCUCUGCCUGAUUGCGCACCUGCCAUUAUCGACUUCUUCCGUGAGUUCACAGUACACGUGGACGGCCUCGGCUACGUCUGCAGUUUCGCGGUCUUCGACUUCCAGAGGCACGGGAACGUCAAGGUUUGCCCAGAUCUCUAUCACGACGGAUGUCAUUUUGCUAAUUAA